AUGCCCAGAAGUGUCCCCUGCGACAACUGCAUUGCACGGGCGACGUCGAAGGAUGUAGCUCAAGCAAGUGCCCAUGUCGAGUCGAAGCGGCAGCCACAACAACCCGACUUCAGCAAGGUCACAGACAGCCAUCGAACAAAGGAUCGCACGAAAGAUGCAGCUCAAGUCGAGGCCUUGACUCGACAGACAAUGGAUGCCAUCAACAGAAGAGACUUCACUGAUGCGGGCUUCAACGCUGUCGCCCCGGAUGUAACAAUACCCGUGAUGGACAUCAAUGCGUCUCUGUCGACGAGAGUAGAGAUGAUCGAGAGCUUCCGUGCACUUGCAGGAGAGAACCCCGACUAUCAUCUGCAAGUGACGAACAUAGACGUCAACUUCGACGACAACACGAAGAUGGCUCAUGUGUACGUCUCCAUGGACGUCAACGGUCGACAUACCGGAGUGCUGAUCAGUACGAUGGCAGUCAUCGGAUUCAUGAAGCGGGCAGGCAGAUGGAUCUGUGUUUCGGCUUGUUCUCUGAGACACAUGGGUUCUGUGUAG